AUGGAGCCAAGCAGGAUCAUCUCUGGCCGACGCAGUGCUUUAGAAUUGGCUUCGCUCGACUCAAUACCAGAAAAUCUUUUAGACAACGCAGCAAUUUUAGGAUGUUUAUCAUUAUUAGUUGCUGCAUUAUUUAUCGUAGACGCUGCACGGAAAAGUUCCGGACUCAAAGUAUCAGGUUCACAGACAGAACCCGCGAGCGGAUACGCUAGAUUCGACGACGUCACGGACGGUGUGGCUCAAUUUACGAAAUUUGGUUCCAUUAGAGAUGAGUCAAUGCAAGAAAAGGAGAAAACAAAUUUACAACGGGAAUACCAAGAGCAACAACUAGAAACCCAACAACAGCAGCACCCAUCGCAAUACCAGCCCCACAUGGUUGCUGUUCUGCCGAGAGAACCAGCCCCGCAAAGGUUAGAACAAGUAACCAGCGUCAUUUUACCAACUAAACAGAGCCCCGUCUUCUCUCGAGUGACUUCUGGAGACAGGGCUGUAAUCACCAGACAGGGAGACUGUCAUGAAUCAGAAAUAACUCCAACCAGCCCCGGAUUUGUCCAACAAGCUGCUAGACAAUGGGAACGAGCGGCAAAGACCAAAAGCAAAAUGCCAGGAACAAUCACGCAAUGCUGA